GCUGUGUUGCAUAUUACCGGCUGACGUUGCAUACAGGAACUUCUCAACUUCCUACUCUUCCCGCACAGGCACGCACGCAGCACAUCAUGAUUCGCUUCGUUGCUGUAUUACUCCUCUUCGGCUUGGCCUUCGGACAACGGAAAGACGUCGUAUAUGAAGACUGUGGAUCCCCCGCCAAAGUUACUUCAGUCCAAUUGGAGCCGUGUGACUCCGAUCCAUGUGUCAUCAAGCGUGGAUCAAAAGUGAAGAUUCACUUUACAUUGGUUUCAGACCAAGACAGUGCCACUGCUAGGCUCGACGCCAGGAUGAAUGUGUUCGGCCUUAAGAUUCCAAUCCCCGGUCUGAAGAAAGACAUGUGCGACGGCGUCGUUCAGUGCCCCAUCGUCAAGGGAAAUACGUACACCGGAGUUUUGGAAGCGGAUGUGCCCUGGUUUGCGCCUGCCAUGAAAAGCCAAGUCGAGCUCAAGCUUGUGGGCGACAAAGGCGUCAGCAUUUGCACCAGGAGCAAUGUGGUCGUCCAAUAAGAAUGCAGGCGCAAAUAUUCCGCCCCUUAUGCCUCGGGUUGGACCCACUGCCACAACAAUGGACGACACAUGUUCACGCUGGUGUUCUCUACAACCAGUGAACAUUUUCAUUUUAAUAAAACAUAUUUACAAGCAGCUUAUAGAGCUGCACUUGC